CAGUUCUCAAUCCUCCAUCGCCGACCGACCAACCUCCGAAAAACUCUCUCUCUCUCUCUCUCUCUCUCUAGAAGCCGCCAUGGGGGUGAGCAACAACAUGACAUCGGUCCUCAACUUCAUAGCCUUCAUGUGCUCCAUCCCCAUCAUCGCCGCCGGGAUCUGGCUGGCCUCCAAGGCCGACAGCGAGUGCACCCACUACUUCCGGUGGCCGGUCGUCAUCCUCGGCACCCUGGUCCUCCUCGUCUCCCUCGCCGGCUUCGUCGGGGCUUACUGGAACAAGCAAGGGCUCUUGGCCUUCUACCUCUUCUGCAUGGCCAUGCUCAUAGGCCUCCUCCUGAUCGUCCUCGUGUUCGCGUUCGUGGUCACCAGGGACGACGGGAGUCGCUCCGUGCCCGGGAGGGAGUACCGGGAGUACAGGCUUGAUGGGUACAGUUCUUGGUUGAGGGACCACGUGACCGACCCCGAGAACUGGGUCAAGAUCAAGGCUUGUCUUGCCGAGUCCGACGUCUGCACCAAGUUGGCCCAGGACUAUGUCACUGCCGACCAGUACUUCGCUGCUCACAUCUCUCCUCUUCAGUCGGGAUGCUGCAAGCCGCCAGCGAUCUGCGGGUACAGCUACGCGAACCCGAUCCUGUGGCUGAACCCGACAGACCCGACGGCCGACCCGGAUUGCUACCUGUGGAGCAACGACCAGACCCAGCUCUGCUACAACUGCAGCUCCUGCAAGGCCGGCCUGCUUGGGAACCUGAGGAGGGAGUGGAGGAAGGCCAACGUGAUCCUGAUCGUGGCUCUGGUGGUCCUCAUCUGGGUCUACCUUAUCGCGUGCAGCGCCUUCAGGAACGCUCACACCCAAGAGCUUUUCGGUCGCCACAAGUAGGGAUCGAUUCUGUAAAUGUUUUGCUGGUUAGGAGAAAACUUUUUGCCUUUAGCUUUUCCUUAAAGGUUCCUUUUUUGGUUCUUGUAAGUUUUUUUGUCUUGGUGUGGGGGUGGUUCUUUCGUGCGGUUCUGUCACCUUUGGCGUAUGUAUUCGUGUCAUUUUAGGAUCUGUACGAUGUGGCUUUCGUAGCUUUAGGAAGGAAGGAUGCCUUAUCUUUCUCGUUUGA